CUAGUGUUUUCGCUGAGUCGGUGCGCCUCGUGGCUUACUGGAGGGCGAUGUAGCGUCAAGGCGCAGUGUGGAUGCAUGUGACGAAAUAGCAAACCUGGAGAGUUGCUAGGAGAGCUUCAGGUUUCUCGUCCGCUUGCUGGUGUGCCGGGGAAAGAGGAAAGACUUCUCACUCCGAAGCAGGCUGAACUGCCAGCAGCAAGAGCUCUUCCCACCAUUCAGGAGGCUAGGUGCCGAGCGUCUACUUAGCUGGCUACCGUCGUCAUCGAGUCGUCGUCAUCGAGUCGUCGUCGUCGAGUUACGGUGACCUCUGCCUUACUCGCUCGCAUCAGUGCACAGCAGGCCGCGACCGGCGUGCAGAGUUCUUCUAAAGCAUGGCGUGGCUCGCGUCACUAUCGCUACUGUUGGCCUGCGUGGCAAUGGCACAAGCCCAGUGCCCGACGACCACCGGCUACUUCUCUUCGGCAUCCAGCUGCUACUACCUACAGCAGAUGUCAAACUUCACUUGGGUUGAGGCACGCCAGUACUGCGUGUCCGUGUUUGGUGGAGAUCUCGUCUCACUGCAAACGUCCUCCGAACAGACUUUUGUGAAGGGAAAGGCAUCCGGCAGUACCAACGCAGUGUGGAUUGGCCUAAAUGAUCGCCUGGCCGAGACCAACUUCACGUGGACGCAGGCACCCACUGGCUUGUACUACAGCAAUUGGAGACCCGGGGAGCCAAACAAUGUUCUGGAUGAGGACUGCGUCGUCAUGGACGUCAAUGGCUUCUGGCAGGACAUAUCCUGCUCACUCGCCUACGGAUUCAUCUGCGAACGACCAAAAGGUGCCAGUCCACCGACACCCAUCCCAAUCGGCCAGUACACCAUCGAGGGUAGCACAGAUUGCGGUCAAGGCAACUGGAUGUACUACAAGGGCUUCUGCUACUUGUACAACCCGUCUUACAACAACUUUGACAACUCUCGCAAAGACUGCUUCUCCCAAGGUGCCACGUUGCUGACCAUUUACACUCUAGACGAGCGAGGCUAUGUGGAGGCUCUGCUGGCAAAACAGUCACGUUUCUACUACAGUGUUCGUAUUGCUCUCAAUGAUAUGCUGGAUGAAGGCAAAUAUGCAUGGGACGAUGGCUCACUGCAAGGAAAUCCUCUGAAGGCUGGCAUUGCUAGAUGGGGUAAAGGACAGCCGAACGACCAGUAUCACUUGGAAGACUGUGUGGAGAUACAGCGUACCACCUACGCAUGGAACGACAUGAACUGCAACUACUACCGCCCAUACAUGUGCAAGAAAGCAUCAGUUGAUGGUGCAACAAACUCAACAGUCUGGCCUCCCAUUCCAUUGCAGAGCAAGUGUCCAUCGCAGGCCACGUCGUUCCACCAUCCCAACGGUGCUGUGUACUGCUUCACCGCCUAUGGCAGGUCCAGUAGCCAGCGACUGACCUGGUCUGGAGCCAGAACAGCGUGUCGUCGUCUCGGCUCAACCAUCGACCUGGCCAGCAUCCACGACCAUCUGGAGAUGAAUACCAUCACGACUAUGGUCAAGGGCUUGAGAUACAGUACCAAUCGUUUCUGGCUGGGCAUCAAUGAUAUGAAUCACGAGGGAGGCUAUGUUUGGUCGGACAACACACCCACUGACUACAUCCACUGGGACAACAACCAGCCGGACAACUAUCGUGGUACUGAAGACUGUGGUGAGCUGUGGAACAUCAACACAGGACGCUGGAAUGAUGCCAACUGCAACGGAAAGAAGGCCUACAUCUGCAAGCAAGUGCUAUCGCCACCACCAACACAAGCCGCCCCUCCAAAUGUCCAGGGCAAGUAUUGUCCGGCUGGAUGGGCUAGCUACGGUAGCUACUGCUACCAGGUUGUCGCUCAAUCAGGCAUGGCCAAGACUCGCCUUGAUGCCCUGCACGCAUGCCAACAGAUGGGAACCAACUCGUCACUGGCCAGCUUCCACAGUGCGGCUGAACUGGGCUUUGUCGUCGCCCAGUUUGGCAAUCAGAAUGCCAGUGGCCGGGUGCACAUCGGCAUCAGCGAUGUUCAGGUGGAGGGUGAAUUCCGCUGGGACGAUGGAUCGCUGGUGACCUACACCAACUGGCAUACAAACGAGCCAAACAACUACCACGGCCGCGAGGACUGUGUCGAGCUUGACUACAUCUAUGGCUGGUGGAACGAUAUUCCCUGCUCUGCCAAGCGUGGAUACGUCUGCAAGAUGCCAAAGAACAGUCCAACACAGCCAACUGGCCCAGUAAGCAACUGCCCGUCAGGGUCCACCUCGUACAACGGAAGGUGCUACAGUGUGGCGACCACUCCUGUCACAUACAGCGAUGCUGACACUGCUUGUAAGGCUAAGACGAAUAAGGCCGGCCUUAAAGGUAGCCUUGUAACUAUUCAGAGUCGCUACUACCAGUUUAUCGUCACCAGUGUGGUGCAAGGACAGGUACCGAACGGCGGUCGACAGGAGUACUGGAUUGGUCUGAACGACAUCAAGACCGAAGGCAUGUACGUGUGGCAGAGCGGUGCACCCAUCACCUACUCCAACUGGGACUCUCAUCAACCGGACGACUGGAGACACACAGAGGACUGUGCGGCGUGGAGGUCCUGGUCCAACAAGUGGAAUGACUUGUCCUGCACUAGCAAGAAACCGUACAUUUGUGAAGUACCAGACGACACAAUUACAUCACUACCACCGAUCCCGACACCAAUGCCAGGAAAUCCACAAGGCAGUUGUCAGCCAGGCUGGCACAAGCACGGUGGCUUCUGCUACGCAUUCUUCGGCUCUCUGACUUCGGACGCGAUGUCGUACUUCCCAUCCUUGAUCUUCCCAGCCACAUGGACCAAUGCCUACUCCACUUGUCAGCAGAUGGGCACAACACUGGCUUCAAUUCCCGACAACGCCACACAAUGGUUCAUCUUGAACCACAUCAAGGCAGGCGAUGAGAAGACCUGGUACAGCUGGUGGACGGGCCUGAAUGACCGUGGAAUGGAGGGUGGCUACUCAUGGGUCGAUGGCAGUGCGCUGGGCUUCACAAACUGGGCUCUUGGCGAGCCAAACGACAUGAGCGGUGCUGAGGACUGUGUGGAGAAUGUCAUUUAUCAAGGCUGGAAGGGCUUCACCAAUAAGUGGAAUGACCAGAGCUGCAAGUCCACCAGGACCUACCUGUGUCAGGCAGUUGCAGGAUCAAUACCCAAGACGUUGCCGACCCCGACUGCAUCCCCAGUGCCAGCAAAUUAUUACCAGCUUCCGGCGUGUCCAACGGGCUAUAUCACAACGGCAAGCAGCUGCUACUGGCUGAGCGACUGGAGCCAGAAUGUGUCCUACAGCAACGCACGGUCGGCCUGCCGUACCCAAGUGGCGUUGGACUUGAAGAAGAACCAGCAGCUCGGCCAGUACAGCAUCAGAGGUGACCUUGCCAGUGUCCACUCCUCACUUGACCUGAUUGCGCUGGCUCAGGCGAUGAAAGUAAAAGAAGCCGGCUCGGUUCAAACCGGCUGGUGGAUUGGACUGAACGACAUCCAGAAGGAAGGCAUCUUCACGUGGACAGACAGCACACCGGUGGACUUCUUAGCCUGGGCCGAGAACCAGCCUGACAACUGGAGGGUCACCAAUGGAGAAGACUGCGGGACCAUUUACUCUAGAUACACGUACCUCUUCAACGACAUGUCGUGCAGCAACGAGAACGCAUAUGUCUGCGGAUUCAGCAGAUAUAUCAAUGAGAGCAACGUACCAACCACCAUGAACCCAGUCUACAAGAAGCUCUUCUGCAAUCCAGGCUGGACUAAGUGGCACGGCAAGUGCUAUCAUGCGUACACUGCCAUCCGUAUGGUCUGGGACGAUGCACAGUUCAACUGCUCACUGGGUGGAGGCACUCUGCUAGUUGUCAACUCGCCUGCCGAGCAGAAGUUUGUCACAUCCCAGAUCACCAAGGGUCUGGAGUACUUCUGGGUGGGAAUGAAUGACAAGGACCGUGAAGGUGUCUACAGAUGGGUGGAUGGAUCUCACACAGGUUACACAAGAUGGGGUCCCGCACAGCCAAACAACUACAACAACGAGGACUGCGUCGCCAUCAGCGCCUCCGACAGCAUGUGGUACGACCGAGACUGCAACAGUCCCUACGCGUUCAUCUGCGAAGUGCCCCUUGUCGCCAUGAACUACACGACCAUGCCAAUGCCCACAACCACACCGAUGCCCACGACUACAAAGAUGCCCCCAACCACACCCAUGCCCACAACACAGACCAUGAUGACCACGCAUGCCAACGUCUGGACCUCGGCAGCAGGAAACCCAACGGGCAGCAAGAUGAUGCCGAGCGCUAGCACACACGGUGGCCAAGUAACUGCUGCUUCCGGCAACCCACACACUGGCGUUCAUCCCAGCAAGAGCACUAACAAUCACCUCCCUAGAGGCCCGGCACAGCAGACGGGCGGCAUGAGCGCAGGGGCCGCAGCUGGAAUCGCCAUUGGUGGUUUGCUGGCUGUCAUCGGAGCAGCUGUCCUCGUCUUCUUCCUCGUCCGUCGCCGCCGUAGAGCCCAUGCUGGCCGCAUGUCCUUCAGAACACUGCGCACCUCACCCAAAGCAACCAAUGAUGAUGACGACGACGACGAUGAUGCUCUGCUUGAUGACUAGGCAGUAUCCACGAUCAAGAACCAACCAGGACAAGCGGUCAGAUAGUCGCGUUGUUUCUUGUUUGUCUAUCGCUCAAUGCCUUCAUCUGGUACUCCUAUCCUUCUUUAUUUCAGUUUACUCUGCUCCUUCAUUCUCCAGUCAGUCUGCUCACAUACCCUUUUUGGCAUCCAGGCUCCAAGCUAGCCUGUGUGAGCGGCAACGCAUACACGUCACAGAAUUCACCAAAUCCCUUUCUAUAUCUUGCUCCUAGAUCUCUCUUUUAUGUCCUGCCAAGCUUCAGGAAAGCUAUUUUAACGCUGAGCGUUUUGUCUAUUUCAUUAUAUUUUUAUCGAAGCAUUUUAUUGAAACACAUGUUUAUUGAAGCAGAUGGAUGCAAAUGCCUCUUUGGGUAAUUUAGCACAACUUUCCGAGCAACAUACACCUAACUAAGCACGCUGGCGUUCACAAUAUUUUCAUUCUACUUUCAAUCAGUAUGGUAAUGUACACGUGUACAUGUUAUUGUGUUGACCUA